UGAUGUGCAGCAAUGACCCAGAUACAGAACUUGUUGUACGAUUCUUUGGUAAAGACACAACAUGUGGAGAGCGCCGCCCUUAUCAAGAUCAAAGAAGGGAUAGCGGUCACCUCACCCCCACGAUUUGACUUGCAGCCUCAGCACAUCCAGGUGAUCAUUGACGCCUUCAAGAACACACCAGCCCUAAGAAGAGACGGGUUCAACUUCCGGGAGAGGAAUUACAAGUGUGUCCGAGCUGAUAAGAAUUCUGUCUACGCUAAAUGUGACGAUGACGGCCUUGUCAUGGUAAAAACCAAAUCCAACAUCCUGCUCGCUGUGUACCGGGAAGGAAUGUAUCCCAGCGUGUGUGUGGAGGCCACUGAGAAACUAGGUUCUUAUUUCCGGGAGAAAGAAAUAUGAUCUUCACGCACUUCAAGGUGGAUAAAGAGGAGAUGGAAAUUCACAGGAUGAAGUGUGACGGUGGACCAUGAAUGGAGAUGAGAGGACUUACUUUGCCUCCACUGAGAGGCCG